CCCUAGUGUUUCCAAUGCUGCUAUGGAGGAGCUAUUAACAGCUGCAACCACAGGCAUUUUGAGGCACAUUGCAGCUGAAGAAGUGUCUAAGGAAAGGGAGCGAAAGGAGGAGGAGAGGCGGCAGGCUGAAGAGGAGAGGUUGAAACAAGAGAGAGAACUGGUGUUAACUCAGCUGAGCCAGGGCCUGGCUACAGAGCUGACAGAACUUGUUGUGACAGAAUGCGUGAGGGAAACCUGCUCCCAAGAGUUGAAGAGUGCAGUGGAGACAGACCAGAGGGUCCGCAUGGCCCGUUGCUGUGAGGAUGUCUGUGCCCACCUGGUGGACUUGUUUCUCGGGGAAGAAAUUUUCCAGACUGCAAAGGAGACCCUCCAGGAACUUCAGUGCUUCUGCAAGUAUCUCCAGCGGUGGAGGGAAGCCGUCGCAGCCCGGAAGAAACUGAGGCGCCAGAUGCGAGCCUUCCCUGCAGCACCCUGCUGUGUGGAUAUGAACGACCGGCUGAGGGCAUUGGUGCCCAGUGCAGAGUGCCCCAUUGCUGAGGAGAACUUGGCCAAGGGCCUUCUGGACCUGGGCCAUGCAGGAACAGUGGGCAUCUCCUGCACCAGGUUAAGGUGGCUCAGAAAUAAGACGGCGCACCAGAUGAAGGUUCAGCACUUCUACAAGCAACUGCUGAGUGACGCGGUUUGGGUGCCCCUGGACCUGCCGUCCCUUGUGGCCAAGCACCUCCCUGGGAGGCGGGAGCGUGUGUUUUGGAAACUGGUGCUGGUGUUGCCUGAUGGAGAAGAGCAGUCCCCAGGGAGUCCUGGCAGAAUUUUAGCAAACUGGUUACAAGUCAAGUUCAUGGGAGGUGAUGGCUCAGUGGGCGACAUGAGCAGUGAAGCUGGGGGCAUUCAGACGCUCGCUCUGUUUCACGCACUCAGCAGCAAAGGGGAUCAGACUGUCGCUGUCAAUGUGUGUAUAAAGGUGGGUGAGAAUCCCGUGUAUUUACUUCUGUGAUUUUCUUAUUUCACUCAUUCCCAGACAUAAUUGGAAUCCUAUAAGUGCCUUGAAGUGGUUUUGAAGGAGUGUAGGAGGCUCAGAAGCCUGUGUCAAGUCUGUUCCUCCCUGAGUCCUCAUGACAUCCCAUGGAUCACCCUCUUGGUGUGACAUACCAAGCUAUAGAUUCUCAGGAGUGCAGCGAGCCUUAACCGGUUAUUUCAGGUCACAGACCUCUUUGAGAACUUGGUGAAAACUCAGAACCAUCCUGCACAGAUUCACAUAAUUCAGGAGCCCUGGACUCCGUGCGCCUCUGGUAAUUAACCCAAGAGGGAUGAGAGAGCAUUGCACAACAGUGCGAUGCCUGUUAUGUCGUGUGGUUUGCCAGUAGCUGACACCUUUAUGAUAAUAGCUUCCUGAUACAUCAGUUUUAUGGUUUUUAAUCCUAUGCAGUGUUCACUAAACUUGGUCCCAGCUACUGCAGAAGUGCAGUACUGGGCAUUUCAGGUCAGUUGGUUUUAUUUUAUAUUCAGGUUGUCCUCAGUUUUUGAUUAUAAGUUCUAAUUUUGUUCUUUAUAGGGGUUUGUAUAGUGCAGAUGUUAACUGGUUCCCUGAGAGAUUUUUUUUUAAAUUUUAUUUUGUUUUUAUUGAAGUAGAGCUGAUACACAAUGUUAACAUUUACUUCAGGUGUACAGCAUAAUGAUUCCGUAAGUCUGUAUGUUACAGUGUGCUCACCACAGUAUCUUUACUGUCACCAUACAACGCUGUUACAAAAGCAUUGACUCUGUUCUCUGUUCUGCACCCUUUAUCCCCGUUAUUCAUUCCAUGACUGGGAGCUCGUAACUCCCACUCUCCUCCAUUUUGCCCUGCCUCCACUCCCUCCCCUCUGGCAGCCAUCACCUGAGAGAUUCUUGUUUAGUGAGAACCUGUUUCCUCAUUAGCUUUAAGCCUACAUAAAUAGAUCUUAGGUAUUAGUGGUAUUAGUGUAUGUGUUCAGAUAAACCCAGAUGUGUAUUUUAUUUGCUUGGAAUAUAGCAGUGCAGGGCAGAAAGUGUGGGCUUCUGGGGUUGAUCGCUGCUGCUCUGGCCAGCUCUUUGAGCCUCAUUGUGGUGCCUUCUGUAAUGUGGUCAUGACUCUGCUCCAAGGUCUCAUGAGGGCUAGCUGGGCUGCACGCUCAGAUGGGGGCUCAGCGAGAAUCCACUCUCUCCUGUGUGUCCUGACGUGGCCUACUGUGCCUAGACCUCUCCUCUUCCUAAGAAGGUCACCUUUGUGCCACACUCUGCUCAUGUGCGAGUGAUACUCUAGUCCAUGUUCCCUCUUCAAAUUGGAACUUCUUCAAAUUGUAGUUUGGU